GCCGCCGCCCCCCGCCCGCGCCGGAGCUCGCCGUCCCCCGGGCCGGUGCCCGCCGCGGCUCGGGGCCGGCUGGGGCGCGCAGGGGGCGGGGGCCGCCGGCUCGCCCCCCGCCGAUGAGCCGCCGCCGAGCGCGGGCGGACGAUGGAACUCCACAUCCUGGAGCACCGGCUGCAAGUUGCCAGCGUCGCCAAGGAGAGUAUCCCGCUCUUCACCUACGGCUUGAUCAAACUUGCCUUCCUGUCCUCCAAGACCAGGUGCAAGUUCUUCAGUCUGACCGAGACGCCAGAGGAUUACACCAUCAUCGUCGAUGAGGAAGGCUUCCUGGAGCUGCCCUCCUCGGAGCACCUGAGCGUGGCGGACGCCCCCUGGCUGGCUCUGAACGUGGUGUCCGGUGGCGGUAGCUUCUCCAGCUCCCAGCCCAUCGGGGUGACCAAGAUCGCCAAGUCUGUGAUCGCCCCGCUCGCCGACCAGAACAUCUCCGUGUUCAUGCUCUCCACCUACCAGACCGACUUCAUCCUGGUGCGUGAGCGGGACCUGCCCUUCGUCACCCACACCCUAUCCUCCGAGUUCACCAUCCUGCGGGUUGUCAACGGCGAGACGGUGGCAGCCGACAACCUCGGCAUCACCAACGGCUUCGUGAAGCCCAAGUUGGUGCAGAGGCCUGUCAUCCAUCCGCUGUCCAGCCCCAGCAACAGGUUCUGUGUCACCAGCCUGGACCCCGACACACUGCCCGCCGUUGCCACUCUCCUCAUGGACGUCAUGUUCUACUCCAAUGGAGUGAAGGACCCCUUGGCUGCCGGCGAAGACUGUGGCCACAUCCGCUUCUUCUCCUUCUCCCUCAUUGAGGGCUACAUCUCCCUGGUGAUGGACGUGCAGACCCAGCAGAGGUUCCCUAGUAAUCUGUUGUUCACGAGCGCAUCGGGAGAGCUCUGGAAGAUGGUGCGGAUUGGAGGCCAGCCCCUGGGAUUUGAUGAGUGUGGGAUCGUGGCCCAGAUCUCCGAGCCCCUGGCGGCUGCCGACAUCCCCGCCUACUACAUCAGCACGUUCAAGUUCGACCACGCUCUGGUACCAGAAGAAAACAUCCACGGUGUCAUCAGUGCCCUGCAAGUCAGUCAAGCCGAAAAGCAUUAGAAGGGCCUCUGACCCCCUCCCUGUCUGCUCCCCAGGCCCAGAGCCUGGCCCCCACCCCGAAGGUUGUUCUUGCAGUAUUUCUCGACAGACUGGAAAAUCAGCCCCAAGGACCCCCGAAGAAGGGGCUUCUGGGAGACCCCCUUCCCCACAACUGCUGACUCCCCAGGCCUGGGGCCCAAGCCCAGGCCUCCCCCUGCCCUCCCGCCUUCUCAGAACCCCCAGACCCUCUAGGGAAUGGCCCACCUCCCUCCCCUAAACUCCCCCCCAGAAAAUGAUUCCUGGGGGCCUGGAAGCUUGCAAGCAGAUCCAUCUUAUCAGCCAGCCUCGCCCACAUCGACGGGCGGAUGCCAAAGGAUGCUGGUGUUCCCCCAAGACGCUGGGGUACUGUUUCUCAUGUCAUCCUGGGGGGUUGGCAGAGAGGGGCUGGGUUUGUGGAGCCCCCUCUGGGGGGGGCUGACAACAGUGGUUGCUGGUCUCUGGUUCCAUCAGCUCGGGACUGGUUCCCUCAGAGUGGAGACCAGGGGGCCAUCCCCAGUCCCACAGGCUCAGACAGGAGCACGGACGGGGUCCCCCAGCUGGGGAGGACCCCAGCCACCAGAACGUCGCCUGCUGGCCACAGGGCCUGCACCCCGACUCCCAGCAAGACUGCCAAGACGGACCCCGUCCGGCCCUGCCCGCCCAGCACAAGCACUCACUUCUUGGGUGGGGGUCCCAGGAGACCCACCAGCCUGGAGCCUGAGCUCCCGACCCUCCCCGGGCAGGCAGAGCACCCCAGUCUCCCCCAAGUGGAGGGGGAAGGCAUCCCCAGCAUUCUGGGCCUGGGGUCUCUUAGGUGAGCCACCCCCCACCAACAGUUGACUAGACCAGCAUAGGACUCUCCCCCUCCCCCUCCCCCUCUUGGGGGGCGUCAAAGGCCUCUGCCCCCACCUCACCUGCCUGCCCACCUGGUCUGGGGACUGUGGCAUUCGUGAGUACUUGACGUGGGAGGUGGCGUAACUGAGCCUUAAUAGAGAAAACCGUACCUUGUUUUAGUUUUUUAUUUCACGGCUUUGCACCCGGGCUGCUGUGGGCCGCAGCUUCUGCUAGCAGGGGACAGGCCCGCGUGCAUCUGUGGGGGGCCUGGCAGGUUCAUUACACGAUGAUGGUACCCAGGUGCCCCCCACCAGGCUCCCCGCCGGCCACGUCACAGGGCCAAGGCAACCGAGUUUCAGAGAGCAGGGGGCCCCCAGGAUGGUGGGGGGGUCUCUGUCUCCCGCCAGCCGGGCACACCCCCCGAGUGAGCAGGCCCCGAAGGCCCCGCUGUCCCUCCCUGGGAUGUCCUCCCCAGCCCCCUUUCUCGGGCAAGAGCUGAAUCGUGCUGCAACCGAGAAGGUUAGAGCAGAAGCGACGUUUUCCGGGCCUGGUGAGGGCCUCGCCUGAGCCCCCCUGCCCUGAUUCCGGAAACCUAUGGAAGCGGGGAGCUGGCGCCAAGCCUUGCACCCCUGGUUAGGAACCCACUUUUUGUUUUAAAGUUCAUUUAUUUUGCACAAAAGUCCAAAACAACCAAAACUUGUAGGCUGUUUGCUGGUUCUGAAAGCGGGGUGGGCCGAGUGGGCGGGGCCGUGGCUGGCGCCCCGAGUCCCCAUCCUCGUGAGGCCUUGACUUUCCAGGGUGCGCCUCUCAGAACCCCUCUCUGUCCGAGUCCCCGGUCAUCACUUCUCUGCCAUUCCUUCCUGCCGUGCCAGCGUGUCGGCCCGAGACUGCCCAGGCCGUGUCCGUUGUACACGCCUAUAAAUUCCUGUUUUAUGUUGAUA